AUGGAGGAGCGCUUAUUGUUUGCAGAAAAAUGGAUGCACGUGAUGCACCAGCGCUUCGGAAACAGCAAAAUUUCUGAGACAACAAGUUUCACGCUCAGCGUGGUCUACGCACUACCGCUGAGAGAAGUGCGUCGCCUUGGAGAGACGCUGAGCGGCAGCUCGCGGCAUCUGUGGAUCUUGUCGUUAAACGCUGAAGAAUUGUCCAACACGGCCCCAGCGACAACGAGCUCCACGGCGCGCUCCCAGGCCCAGGUUUCUGAGGAGCCGGGCUGCACGGACAAGGCGUGGAACAUGAUUUGCUUGACUCCGACGCUCCAUGGGUAUUGGGCAAAAGGUUACUUUGCCCUGCGCUGCCUCGGAGUGUCCCCUGUCGAGCUGAUGCAGACUCGACGGGAGCAUGACGAUGGAGAGACACCCGCAUGGGUCGCCAGGAUGGUCACACGCAGCGGCGGCAAGCCUCCGGUUCAUGGAAAAAUCACGCUCCAGAUGGAGUGGCUUCCGGUUCAGGCCAGCAGGACCGCAUCACACUCCGGAGGCAAGCCGAACAAAACCAGCAUCUGGAAUGAAAUUGUGCCAUCGGAGGAUCGAGAACAUUGGUUUCGGUCGUGGGAACGGUCCGAGCGCUACGGUGAAGCUACAGAAAGCAGUGAUGCUGGUGAGGGCGAUGAAGUUGGCGGGGCGCCUGUGAUCGGCGCAACGAACAUACGGACGAGCCGUGCAGUAGAGACGGGGGACUGUUUUUCUGUCACUCUUCCCACAAUGGAGGAAGCUUUCAAAAUGAAGGCCAUGAUUGAUAUUCAACAUGCGUACUUACGCAUGGCAAGCUUAUCCGGUGCUGCAGGCGACCCCGAUUUCCUGAAACACAGUUUGGACGACUGGGACGAGGGAGAUGGUGAUGGAACGGCGCCCAUUGGGCAGCAAGACAAUGCCGAGGACUAG